AGUGAAUUCUAUUUCGGGCGUCUUUUCGAGGGGUGGGCUCAUUCAGUGUUGGCGGGAGCCGAGCGAUCUGUCUGCUCUUUGCUGGCCAGCCUGGGCUGCCUCUGGUGUAGGGGCUUGCGGGCAGCGCUCCCCGCCUCGAGCCGGCAGGAUGCGGGUGGCUGUGGCCGGCUGCUGCCACGGCGAGCUGGACAAGAUCUAUGAGACGCUGGCGCUGGCGGAGAAGCGCGGCCCCGGGCCAAUAGAUCUUCUGCUCUGCUGCGGCGACUUCCAGGCGGUGCGCAACGAGGCCGACUUGCGUUGCAUGGCCGUCCCGCCCAAGUACCGCCACAUGCAGACCUUCUACAGGUAUUACUCUGGAGAGAAAAAGGCUCCAGUUCUCACGAUCUUCAUUGGGGGAAACCAUGAAGCUUCAAAUCAUUUGCAAGAGUUACCCUAUGGUGGCUGGGUGGCGCCAAACAUUUAUUAUUUAGGUUUGGCUGGUGUAGUAAAAUACCGAGGUGUAAGGAUUGGUGGCAUCUCUGGUAUCUUUAAAUCUCAUGACUAUCGAAAAGGUCAUUUUGAGUGCCCCCCUUAUAAUCCAGCUACAAUAAGGAGUAUAUAUCAUGUGAGAAAUAUUGAAGUCUAUAAAUUAAAACAGCUGAAGCAGCCUAUGGACAUAUUCUUAUCUCACGAUUGGCCAAGAAAGAUCUAUCAUUAUGGAAAUAAGCAGCAGCUUCUUAAGACUAAAUCUUUUUUCCGACAAGAAGUGGAAAAUAACACACUGGGAAGUCCUGCUGCCUCAGAGCUCUUAGAGCACUUCAAGCCCACGUACUGGUUUUCCGCACACCUUCACGUGAAGUUUGCAGCCUUGAUGCAGCAUCAGGUCAAGGAUAAAGGACAGACAGCCAAAGCAACCAAAUUUUUAGCCUUGGACAAAUGCCUACCACAUAGAGACUUUCUUCAGGUAAUAGAAAUAGAACAUGACCCCAGUGCUCCUGAGUACUUAGAGUAUGACAUUGAAUGGCUCACUGUUCUCAGGGCUACUGAUGAUCUUAUUAAUGUGACUGAGCGCCAGUGGAAUAUGCCUGAAAAUAAUGGCCUGCAUACAAGGUGGGAUUAUAGUGCAACAGAAGAAGCUAUGAACAAAGUAUUGGAAAUAAUGAAUCAUGACCUCAAAGUUCCAUGUAACUUUAGCAUAACAGCUGCUUGUUAUGACCCUAGCAAGCCACAGACGCAAAUGCAGUUGGUUCAUAGGAUCAAUCCUCAAACUACUGAAUUUUGUGCCCAACUUGGUGUCACUGACAUGAAUGUCAGGCUUCAGAAGGCCAAGGAAGAACAUCCCUUGUGUGGUGAAUAUGAAGAGCAGGAUGACAUGGAGGGUAGUGACUCUGGAGAAGACCGCAGUGAAUAUAACACAGACACAUCUGCCCUGUCCUCUAUUAAUCCCGAUGAAAUAAUGUUAGAUGAAGAAGAGGAAGAGGAAGAUAGUAUUGUAAGUACGCAUAGUGACAUGAAUACACCGUCUGUAGAACCUUCUUCCGAUCAAGCUUCUGACUUCUCUGCAAGCUUCUCUGAUGUCAGGAUCUUGCCGGGUUCCAUGGUUGUAUCAUCUGAUGAUACUUUGGGUUCUCCAGAUGGCAGAGAGGGGAAACUUGGUGAGGCUGCAGAGUCAGGGGAUGGAAACGACUUAACCGAGUUGCCAUUGAAGAGGCUGAGUGAUGAACAUGAACCUGAACAAAGAAAGAAAAUUAAGAGGAGGAAUCAAGCCAUCUACGCUGCAGUGGAUGAUGACGAUGCAGCAUAAGACAAUUUACUUGUCUUAGUAUUAUAUGUAGAUAUGUGAUUUUUGAGACCAUAUUUUUAGAGUUGGAUUUUUGACUCAAGAUUUAACUUUGUAAUAAUGAAGUUACUUAAGAGAAUUUUAGUUAGGUAUUGACUUUGUCUUUAGUCCUUUGUAUAUUUCAGAUAAAAAUAUUAAAAUUUCAUAUAUUUACUUGAUCGAGUACCUUUUUUUGAAGAUGUGUAUUAUUCACUUUCAUUUUUUUCAGCAAGCACUUACUAAAUACCUACUUUGUACCAGGCACUCUUCUGUAAGAUGGCACUAUAAAGACGAGUAAGACAGGGAUUUUUACCUUUAAGGAGUUACUACCACUGUGAAUAUUUUGGUGUAUAAAAUAUGGCAUAUUUAUAUUU